AUGUUAGGCCUUGGAGCGUAUGAAAGCAGCAGCGAGGAUGAGACUGCGAAGAAGGCCCCCUCAGCAACAAAGUGCAUAAAUAAGGGGCAGCCAGUUCAAACGGCUACCAGCCGAGAGCCCAGUGGUCCUAUUGUUGGGCCAUCACAUGAAGAAGCACAGCCAGAACCGCACUUCAGCGAGCGAUCCCGCUUGUCCAAUUCCCGUACACUUAUUCAUGACUUAACAUUACCACCGGUUCCGAAUUUAGAUAUUCCUCUAUCACCUCCUGGCUCACCCAAUUCCAACGUGAAUGCAAAAUUCGCCCAUUUCCUAUCGUUGAAGAAACAAGGAGUUCAUUUCAACGAAAAGUUAGCUUUCUCAGCAUCCUUAAAGAACCCCAGCUUACUCAAAAAAAUGAUGGAGCAUGCGGGUAUUGAUGAUCAGAUGCAAUAUUUUACCUCCUUGCCGCCUGAAGUAUGGAACGUUUCGGGUCUACCGAGAUGGGGUUUCAAAGAAGAACUAUUCAAGUCACAGAAAAAGUUUCACCAGAAAGCCGAAGAGCAGUGGAGUGCGGACCAAAGAGAGACAAUUGAGUUUGUUGCCGCCACAACUACCGAUUCUGAUGAUCAUAAUUUCCCACCUUUCACCAUGAAUCACUAUCCUGAAGUCUGGGGUCGGCCUAGGGAUGAUAUCUACGGGCCUUACAACUCCUCAUACCUUCAGACCACUGGCCCCAAAACUCACACCCAGUCUCCUGCUGUGACUGGGACGUCAGUAUUAGCGGUCAAGUUUAACGGUGGUGUGGCGAUCGCUGCUGAUAACUUGGCAUCGUACGGAUCUCUCGCUCGGUUCACCGAUGUUAAACGCCUGCGUGCGUUCGGUGACUCUGCCGUGGUCGGCUUCAGCGGCGAUGUAUCAGAUAUGCAAUACAUCGAUCGGCUUCUGGAAUCUAUUGACAUUCGAGAAAACUAUUCGACACACGGUAAUAUGCUGAACGCCAAAAACCUCCAUACAUACCUUUCCAAGGUCCUUUAUAAACGUCGCUCUGAAUUCAACCCGCUCUGGAAUCAUAUUCUCGUCGCGGGAUUUGAUGAAGACAAGAAACCCUUCCUCAGCUCGGCCGACCUUCUCGGUACUACAUAUUCAGCUCCACAUCUCGCAACCGGGUUUGGUGCGCACCUUGCUAUCCCCAUCUUGCGUCGGCUGUUCCCUGAAGAGAAGCCCCUCGAGGAGAUCAGUAAGGGCGAGGCAGAAGCGGCUUUGAGGGAAUGCCUUAAGGUUCUGUGGUAUCGAGAUGCACGAAGUCUGGAUAAGUAUUCAAUUGCAGUAAUCACAGCGGAGGGAAUUGAGAUCAAGGAAGAUCAGGUGAUCGAGGCCCAGAGCUGGGCGUUCGCUGAGUCUAUCAGGGGGUAUGGAGCUCAAGUCAACUAG